AAAGGCAAACCACAUGAGUAGAAACAACUUUGGUGGAGCUUCUAAACAUGUGGACAAGUUUACGAGGGACAAUUGGUCUCAGCAUGCCAAAGCACAUGAUAAUUUUUCAAACCAAGAUAAAUUAUUGAAAUCCAAUUUCCUUUUCUCCUUGUCAACACAGAAACCUUCUGUUGAAGCAGCGAUGUCAGCAGCAGUAAGAUCGUUGUCAUGCCAGUUUCAAAAUGUUACAAACCCACCCAGUCCACAUGUUGACAAGGCUUGGCAAGCUCUUUCCAACCUUAAGUUGUCUUCUAGAAAUUAUAUCAAACCUGGUAAAAGCCGGCCACUGGCUAAUGAUGGUGGUACUGCCUCUUUUCAAGAUGUUAGAAGAGCUACUCAGCAAUGUUCCUCCAAUGUGAAUAACACGAUUUUGAGACAAACUGGAGCAGAAUGUUCCAAUGAGAUCAAUAUUCAGCAUAGUGAGUCCAGGGACAUGACCAACCGGUUCGCAACAGUUGCCACUUCUGUGGCUGAAGCUGGAAGGUUUGGAAUGAUGCGUGGUGGGGGUUACACAUCGAACUCCAUAGAUGCUGGUAGAAGAAAUACUAACUGCUCAUACAGCAAUACCACAAAUUUAGGCCAGGGCAUACACAACUAUGCCACAAAUGCAAGCCACUUCAAUGGGUUUCAGGAGACUAGUGUUGGUGGCAUUGAUGACGAUGAUGAUGAUAUUCUUCAGAAUCUUGAUGUGGAUCAAAUAGUUACGCAACACUACCAAUCAGCUUGUACACCAAAAUCGUCAACCUUGAAGUUUCAACCCAUCACUCCAGCUGUAUGUAAUAGCGCUGCAAGACAUGAUGACUUAAGUUUGCCUCCAGAACUUUGUGUGGACUGCAGUCAUGGUUGUAAGCUAGGACUUUGUCCUGAAGCUUCAAACCAUUUGCAAAUAAUGAAGGACAUGCUCAUUUCCAUAUCAAAUGAUCUGCUUGACAAUGUUGACCUGAACUCAGAUCAAAUACAAAAGCUCCGCCAAGAUAGGCUGAUGUUGAAUAAGCAAAUUCAACAGCUUGAGAAACACCUUCAAUCUAGACCAGUUGAUGAGAAAAGAUCCACAUCAAACUUUGGUGCAUAUACUGCCUCCAGAGCUUUUCAGUAUGAAACUCCUCCAACAUUUGCUUCCAGGGUUGAUCCCACAAGACUUGAUCAAUUUUACAUGCAUAACGAGACAGAUGGGCCUAACAGAUGGAACUCAUCAUCAGUAUCAUAUUCCUCAGUAGGUAACGUUAGUGUUUCUUCAGCUCCUAUGGAGAGAGAAGCAUACGUCCCAAAGUACGUCGAAGUCAAUUACAUUGAAGGUUCAGAUGACAAGAACUGGAGUAAGCGAGAUUUCCCAUGGACCAAGAAGCUGGAGGCUAAUAACAAGAAGGUGUUUGGUAAUCACUUCUUCCGACCCAACCAACGAGAGAUUAUCAAUGCAACAAUGAGUGGGAAUGAUGUUUUUGUUUUAAUGCCAACUGGAGGUGGAAAAAGCCUGACCUAUCAGCUCCCUGCUCUUAUUUGUCCUGGUAUAACAUUGGUAAUCUCACCCCUUGUUUCAUUGAUUCAAGAUCAAAUAAUGCAUCUCUUGCAGGCAAACAUCCCUGCUGCUUACUUAAGUGCUAAUAUGGAGUGGACUGAACAACAAGAGAUUCUAAGAGAGCUUUGUUCAGAGUACUGUAAUUACAAGCUAUUAUACGUCACCCCUGAGAAAGUGGCAAGAAGUGAUGCUUUGCUACGACAAUUGGAAAACUUACAUGCACGUGAAUUGCUAGAUAGAAUUGUCAUUGAUGAAGCACAUUGUGUAAGCCAGUGGGGGCAUGAUUUCAGACCAGAUUAUCAGGGUCUUGGUAUUUUGAAGCAGAAGUUUCCAAAAGUACCAGUACUGGCUUUAACUGCCACUGCCACAACAAGUGUUAAGGAAGAUGUUGUGCAGGCCCUUGGUCUGGUUGACUGUAUUAUAUUUCGGCAAAGUUUUAACCGCUCAAACCUCAGGUUUUCAGUUAUCCCCAAGACUAAAAAAUGUAUGGAGGAUAUCAACAAAUUCAUCAAGGACAACCAUUUUGAUGAAUGUGGUAUCAUCUAUUGUCUUUCGAGAAUGGACUGUGAAAAAGUUGCUGAGAAGUUGCAGGAGUAUGGGCACAAAGCAGCAUUUUACCAUGGUUCUAUGGACCCUGAUCUACGUGCCUCAGUUCAAAAGCAGUGGAGUAAAGAUGAGAUUAAUAUAAUAUGUGCAACUGUGGCAUUUGGAAUGGGAAUCAAUAAACCCGAUGUUCGGUUUGUCAUUCAUCAUUCUCUUCCUAAAUCAAUCGAGGGCUACCACCAGGAGUGUGGUCGUGCAGGCAGGGAUGGCCAGAAUUCAUCUUGUGUGUUAUAUUACAGUUAUGGUGAUUAUAUCCGGGUCAAGCACAUGCUUAGUAAUGGGGCUGUGGAGCAAAGCUCCUUUGCAUCUGGACAACCUCGUGCAGGUACCACAAAUUCAGGAAGGAUGCUGGAAACAAAUACCGAAAACCUUUUACGAAUGGUCAGUUACUGUGAGAAUGAUGUCGACUGCAGACGUUUUCUACAGCUUGUUCAUUUUGGUGAAAAGUUUGAUUCAUCCAACUGCAGAAAAACAUGCGACAAUUGUUCUAAUACUCAAGCCCUUGUAGACAAGGAUGUCAGCGAGAUAGCAAAGCAAUUGGUUGAAUUAGUGAAAUCCGUCCGACAGCAAUUCUCAGCAUCUCACAUCUUGGAUGUCUACAAGGGGUCCAUGAGCCAAAUUGUCAAAAGGAACAAACAUGAUACAUUAAGAUUGCAUGGAGCUGGAAAAAAUGUAGCUAAGGGGGAAGCAUCACGUGUGCUACGUCAUCUUGUUGUUGAGGAGGUCCUUGUAGAGGAUGUAAAGAAAAGUGACCUCUAUGGAUCUGUAUCAUCAAUUUUAAAAGUAAAUGAAAAGAAGGCUGGAAAUUUACUUGCAGGUCGGCAGACCAUAAUUUUAAGAUUCCCUUCUGCUAGUAAAACACCCAAGUCUUACAGAAAUGAUGCAACUCCAGCAAGAGGCUCGUUAACAUCAUCAAAGCAAAGUCCUGUGCCAGUAGAUGCUCCUGCUCAACCUCAAUCAGAAGUAGACUUAGAGCUUUCAGCCAAGUUAUUCAUUGCAUUGCGAAUGCUUCGAACCCUUCUUCUUAAGGAAGCAGCGGAUGGCGUCAAUGCAUACCACAUAUUCGGGAAUGCAACCCUGCAGCAUGUUAGCAAAAGGAUCCCCAGAACUAAAGAAGAGCUUCUUGAGGUUAAUGGCAUUGGCAAGGGGAAAGUAAGCAAGUACGGGGAUAGAGUUUUGCAAACCAUCGAGGCCACCAUAAAUGAACACUACAAGAUAGAUAAAAACAGCAGCAGUGGCAACAGUGCUGAUUCUGUAAAGAGAAGAAGAGGCACCGUUAACACUCCAUAUGAGGAUUCAAGAGAUGAAGAUGAUUUCAUUGCAAGCACUGCCCGUUCAAAGAAGAGGGUAGUGGAGAAGUCGAACCCGAGCAUUGACUCUGUUGACUUUUUUUAUGAUAUAACCGAUGAGGAUCUGGAUUCCUACGAUAUUGAGGCCAAUACUUCAAAUCCAAACGCAAACCAGAAUAACGGAAGAGUACUACCUUCUUGGUAACUUGUCGCUUGUUUGGUGCCCAAAGCUUGAGCAGAAUGGUGAAAGAUUUGCCUUCUGACAGGAUUUUGGGAAUGCCUCUACUUAACAGAAGAACGUCUCUUUCAUGUACAAGAAUGCCCAGAAACUCGUCAGAACUUGUCGGAAGGUGAUUUAGCUAAAGAACUCAUUCA